AUGCUGAGCGCCUGGUGCGCCGAUGCCGCGACGUCCACCACCGCCUGCACCUCCUUUGACCUGGGCACGCUCGCGCAAAUGAACGGUGGUGCCACGAGUGGCGCGCCCUCCGCCACGGCCCUGCGCAAACGUGUGCUGGAACGCAUAUCCACUGCCCUACAAGGGGAGGAGGCGGGAGUGAGGGAGCUGGCCACCGCCGUGGCGAGGUUCUUCGAAGACAGCGACGUCGUCCUACUCGGGUAUAAGAUAGGGGACGUCGUGAGUGACCUGCUUGAGCACCCACACAGCGACAUGGCCGCCGUCGGGGUGGAGCUGUGGCUGGGCAGCAAGCGGCUGCAGGACUCCAAAGGGAAGAAGAGCGCAGGAGACGGCGGCGGCGUCGGCGGCGUCGGGAGCAACAACACGUACGCGGGCCUCUGCAAGAAGGUGUUGGGCCUGUUGGACAGGCACGACGACUGGGCCACGAAGCGGCUGGUGCUGAGCCAGCGCACCUUCUUGGCCAUCCCGUCCCUUGCCCAGUUCUCGCGCCCCCUGCUCGAGGCCUAUUUCGAGCGGUUCUUGCAAGCGUGCAGUGCGAGCGCCAUGGAGCCACAGCUGGCCCGGUUGAGCGUGGAGUUCCUUCGGUCUCUGUGCAAAAUCUGCGAGCACCUGUGUGACAUAGCCAAUCGAGUGAAUGUGAGGGUCGUGCCGACGCCCGCACACCAUAGCCUCGUCCACACGACUCUGGCCAUCAUGGAGGGGUCGACGGACGAGGAGCUCGUCACAAGCGCGAUGAACCUAUUUUACUGUGGCUGGAAGGUGGAUCGGGCGUGCACGCCAACUCACUCAAGAUUCUGGAACGAAUCGAACAUCAGCACCACCCUCGACAGGCUCUACAAGGUGUUGGUGCGGCACGCGCAGUAUUACGACGGGGGCGUGGCGAGCUUGUUCGACCAGUGCGCGCGGUUCGUCGUGUUGUCGGACCGAUGGCGCAACCAACUGGCGCAGCUGCCAGCCGAUGUGCAACACGCCAUGCUCGAUGUGAUCGCGGCCGAUCCAGCACAUGCCAGGCACAAUGGCCAAGGGGCGAGUUGGCUGGACGGCGGCUCCGGUGCCAGCACGCUGCGCAACCGGCGGCGUGAGGUGGCCAAGCAGUGUCUGGUCCUACUUGGGACGACGUGGACCGAUGUGGAGGAGACUGCAAUGCUCAAUCUGCUCACAUCAGAAACGGGAGCCUUCCUCUUGGGUGCUGUUAUGGGAGACCUGGGACUCGACUCGCUUCUGCGCAUGCUUGAUGACCCUUCUAUCAGCUCCUACGGCCAGACGCCCCGCCUGCUCUUCCGCCGCGCCCACCCCGAGAAGGUGUGGCGGGAGCCCGAGCCCACCGUCUACUCGCACCCGCACCAGCUGUGGUCCUACCCGCUCCUGGUCUGCACCUUCGAGAUACACCGCAUCGACCUCGUCGACGGCCAGCCCAUCCCCCAGCGCGCCAAGCGGGCGCGCGUGCGGUACACGGCUUGCCUGGCGUGCAGUCGGCUCUACAUGCCACUCAAGGCCAACCACCUGCUCUACGCGGCGUUGGGCGGCCUCGUGCGCAACCUGCGCGACAGCUCCAAUCGCGGGGUGCAGCACGCCGCAGCGCAAGCGCUCACCGGCCUCUUGAGCACCCAGAAUCCUGUGGCAGAUCGGGACCAGCUCGACGCGGAGGUCGAGAAGGUGGUCGAAGCGUGUGCGCACGCCAUUCGAGACCAGCAAGCAAUGGGGGACGAGCCAAUCGCGAGUAUAGUGAGACUACUCGCCAUUGACGGCAUUUUCAGCGGCUGGGUUGUCGGAUCGUUCCACAAGGAGAUGUUAGGAACGACUUUCGAUCAGCGGGUGGCGGAGAAGAACAAGGCGCGCAUCGAGCGCUAUCUGCCCCUCAUGCUCGACACCAUCGCCACCUGCGCCCACGCGCUGCCCCUCCAGAUCUUCUUCCUCUUCGUACACCGCGCCAUGCCUGUCUUGAGGGACGAUUUGAAGGCGCUCGUGGUGAACAAGUGCUACCGACUGCUGCGUUCGGCGAGCGCUCGGCCGCAGUCGCCCGGCGAUUCGUAUUGCGCGUUACGGGCGGCGCUGCUCAUCAUCGUGUGCGAGGUGGGAGCUGCACCGCUUCCGCCCUCGAUCACCGCCGAAGACCUGACCGACACUCUCCACGAGUCGAUCGAAGAAUGCACACGCGACGGCCAACAGCUUCCCGCCACCAAGACCACCCAAGGGCCGUGGGAAGCCAACAUGCAUGCCAAGCACUUCUUGGAGCACCUGGCCAACACCUCGCCUCUGGUACUGGCGCCGCACGUGGAGCAGGUGCUCACCAUCGUGCACGAAUCGUGGCAGCAGAAGCCCUAUCUCAGCCUCGCCCUCCUCGCCGCCCUCGCUGUGCUGAUGCUUCAGUUCCCGGGGAGGACGCGCGAGUUCAUGGAGACCAAGCUGCUGCCGCACAUCAUCAAGCAGGACACGCUCAACGACUGCCCGUCGCCGCUGCUCAUCAUGGCGGCUGCCCAUGCGCCGGUCAUCGCCGCUGCGCCGGGCGCGUUCACCGCGCGGUCGGUGGUGAUGGCCGUGCGCAUGCUGCCGCAGCUCCUGCGCCCGAGCGCCUGGGGCGGCGCCAACCGUGCGCACUACCGCGAGGCCGCAGUGCGCGGCGGCGUCCACCUCCUCACCGCACUGCUCGACGAAAACGAAACGAAAGCGAAAGCGCCGUCUUCAGCGAAGGUGAGCAAGGAGCAGGCCGUGAUGAUGGUCGAGGCCCUGGUCGGGCUGGCCAAGCAGCAGCUGUCGACCACCACCGACCAUGCCAGUGGCCAGGGCGACGGCGAAGAAGAGGAGGCGAAGAAUCGGGGCCGGGAGGUGUCGGCCUUGCGCGACGUGGCCCGUCAACUGGUGGCCCACAUCCUGCCGCCGCCGCUACCGUCGAUUGAUGAGGACCUGACGGCCGAAGACGAAGGGUGGAGAGGUGCGCUGCGUGGGGUACUCUCGGGCGCUCCGGCGCAGGUCAUCGACGACCUGGGCCUGGCUUGCUUGCUCGACGCCUGCGUGCAAGUGUAA